CAGGGCUUCAGAAAUUUCCAUCUCCACCCACAUGUCGUAACGCCGCCGGGGAAAUUCUGCCCAAGUAUGCAGCGCUCUUAAAUAGGACGCCGUCUGACGGGGAGCUCAGAACAAACCAAACGCUCCGAAAGGGAAGACCGCUGAAAAAAUAGACAGAGCAAAAUGAAUAACGUAGAAUCCCAGAUGGAGAACGGCGUCCAUAUUGUCAGACUGGCGAAGCCCAAAGAGCGCUCCGGUAAAUGGCUUGGAAUCUGCGCUUUUACCCUCUUAGCGGCGUCCACUCUCUUUUUCGCCCUGCUGCAUUUUGGGGUCAUUCCGUCUCCUGCGAAAAAGGAGGAAUUUAAAAUGCCCGAAAUUUUGCGCAUCCAGACCUAUUUAGAUUCUUUACCCAAAGCUGGGGCUCAGCAGAGCGAUGGGAAGAAGUUGGUGGCUCACUUGACCGGUACGGCAAAAGGUGGACAAAUAAACUGGCAAGGAACAACCAUGAAUGCCCUGAUGGAAGACGGACUGGAAAUACAAAACAAUAGACUGGUUAUCCCAAGGGGUGGACUCUACUUUGUAUACACACAGGUGGUCUUCACGGGUUCUUCCUGCUUGGAACCCAUUCAACUCACCCAUAAAGUCACUAAGUCCAGCAAAUCGUACAAUAAUAAAAAACAGUCCAUCCUCUCGUCAACCAAAACGGCCUGUGAGGUUCCUUCUCCCUCAGCCUGGUUCCAGCCUAUGUACCAAGGUGGAGUUUUCGAGCUCGAGAAGGGAGACGUUCUUGAGACCGAAACCACAAAUGUUAAGUCUGUUAAUUUUAACGACGGGAACACGUACUUCGGCAUCGUUGCCGUCUAA